AUGGAGGCCAUCCUCGCUCGUCUGCCUGAGUUGCCAGUGGCGCAGGCGGCGCUUGGCGCUGCCUUGGCGGCGCUGGUGGACGCAGGGGGCGCCAAAGCGUUGCCCAAGGUGCCGCUCAAUGUGCAGAUGGUGCUGUUCCCAAUGCGGCUCCGACGCAGGUUUCUCGUGGACCUCGAGAACGUCUUACGCACGAUUGGCUCGGAGGCGGGUCUCGCGGGGGAGCCUACCAUUACCAAGGCCAAGAGCGAGCUCGGACCUCGUGGCAAGGCUCUGGCCAGCAAGAUGGGGAGGCUGAGCAAGGCCCGCAACUCGGAAGCCCAUCCUGAGACAGCCCUCGUGAACGACAUUCGCGCUGCUUUCGAGGAGGUCGCGGACGCGAACAUUGAGAAGCCUUAG